AUGGAUACUCUGUUUGAGAGAAAACCAGAGGAACAUUGGUUUGACCAAAAGGUCGAUCACUUCAAUAAACACGACAACACGACUUUCAAACAGCUGUAUUAUGUCGAGGAUUCCCAUUAUAAAACUGGUGGACCAAUACUCCUCAUGAUUAGUGUGAGGCAGGUACAUUUCAAUACUACAUAUAUGGGACAAAUGGCCAAAAGGUUUGGUGCUUUGGCAGUGGUAUUAGAGCACAGGUAUUACGGCAGAUCUGUGCCCACACCAGACCUGUCCACUCAAAACCUCAAAUACUUGUCGAGUGAAAUGGCACUGAAAGACACGGAACAGUUUGCACUGUAUUUGACCAAAAAGUUAUCACUUGAAGGCAACAAAUGGGUUGUGUUCGGGGGCUCGUAUGCGGGCGCUCUCGCGGCCUGGUUUAGGGAGAAGUACCCCAACAUAGCUGUCGGUGCCAUAGCCUCGAGCGCUACCGUAGAGGAUAUUUUCAAUUUUAUUAACUAUUUUGGAGUCGUUAGCGAGUCGUUGGGUAAGGAGUGCUCCGAUAAUAUUAGGAAUGCCCAUAAAGACAUGGAAGAGCUCUUUAAGACACCGGAAGGUGUGCUAAAAUUGCGCAAAACAUUGAAUUUAUGCGAUACUUUUGACGGCAAAAAUAUCGAUAAUAAUCGGCUAUUAAUCGCUGCAAUGAUGUUUAAUAUCGCGACUAUCGUUCAGUACAACACAAAUAUCGAUGGCAUCCGUAAGAUAAUGAACGACCCCUCAGGCGGUACACCACUGGAAAGGUAUGCCAGAGCCACAGAUAUGGACAAUACGUUUGUUUGCAAUGAUAUUAAUUAUGUCGAAGCGAUCAAAAGAGCCAAAAAUACAACUAUAGAUCCUAAAGCGAUGGGGAGACAAUGGACUUAUCAAGUGUGCAAUGAAUUCGGUUUAUUCCGAACCACUGAUCUCCCGGACUCUGCUUUUGGUCAUAACAUUCCCGUAGACUUCUAUAUCAAACAAUGCGUCGAUAUAUUUGGUCCACAAUUCACGGCCCGAAGCAUACAGAAAGCGGUCGACCGGACAAAUGCCCUCUACGGGGGCCGUAAGCCUGCGGUCACAAACGUUGUGUUCCCUAACGGGUCACUCGACCCCUGCAAAGCCAUUGGUGUACUCAAUGAUCUCAAUAAUAGCACUAAAGCCGUUAUGAUUGAGAACUACUCACACGGCGGAGAUAUGUUGGCAUCGACACCAAAGGAUACCCAGAGUUUGAUAAAUGCCCACAAAUUAAUUGAACAACAAAUCGCCGAAUAUUUAAAAUAA